AGGGUGCGCGAAGAUGCUGUCCUACAGCGUGCUGGACGCCAACGUGGUGGACGUGGAGAAGCGGAGGAACCCCUCGAAGCACUACGUCUAUAUCAUCAACGUAACAUGGUCUGACCUGACUUCCCAGAUCAUCUAUCGGAGAUACAGCAAGUUCUUUGACCUGCAGAUGCAGCUUCUGGACAAGUUCCCUAUUGAAGGAGGCCAGAAAGAUCCCAAGCAAAGGAUCAUCCCUUUUCUACCAGGCAAGAUCCUGUUCCGGAGGAGCCAUGUCCGAGAUGUAGCUGUGAAGAGGCUGAAGCCCAUCGAUGAGUACUGCAGGGCACUGGUCCGUCUUCCUCCUCACAUUUCACAGUGUGAUGAAGUCUUCAGGUUCUUCGAGGCUCGACCAGAAGACCUUAACCCUCCAAAAGAGGACUAUGGAUCUUCAAAGAGAAAAUCAGUUUGGAUGUCCAGUUUGUCUGAGACUCCAAAAAAGAGUGUCACUCCAGGUGCUGAUGCUAGCUCUGAACCCAUGAUCCUGGAGCAAUAUGUGGUGGUGUCCAACUAUGAGAAACAGGAGAACUCUGAGAUCAGCCUCCAGGCUGGAGAGGUCGUGGAUGUCAUAGAGAAAAAUGAAAGCGGUUGGUGGUUUGUGAGCACAGCAGAGGAGCAGGGCUGGGUCCCUGCUACGUACCUGGAAUCCCAAAAUGGAACCAGAGAUGACUCCGACAUCAACACAUCCAAACUUGGGGAAGUUUCUAAGCGACGCAAGGCUCACCUGAGGCGCCUGGACCGGCGAUGGACGCUGGGCGGGAUAGUCAACAGGCAGCAGAGUCGAGAAGAGAAAUAUGUCACUAUCCAGCCGUACGCCAGCCAGGGGAAGGAUGAGAUUGGGUUCGAGAAAGGGGUCACCGUGGAGGUCAUCCAAAAGAACCUGGAAGGAUGGUGGUACAUAAGGUAUCUAGGCAAAGAGGGCUGGGCCCCAGCUUCUUAUCUGAAGAAGGCUAAAGAUGAUCUUCCAUCUAGGAAAAAGAACUUAACUGGUCCAGUGGAAAUCAUAGGAAACAUCAUGGAGAUCAGUAACCUGCUGAACAAGAAAGCAUCCACUGAUAAGGAAACUCAAGCAGAAAAUGAGACUGCAGAAACUCAUAUCACCAAGAAGGAAAUCAGCUUGCCCAUCCUGUGCAAUGACUCUAAUGGCAAUGCCAUGAUGACCCCAGACAAGCAGAUUUCCAAACUGGCCCAGGGAUCCCCAGCCAUAGCAAGGAUAGCACCACAAAGAGCUCAAAUAAGUUCUCCAAAUCUAAGAACAAGACCACCACCACGAAGAGAAUCCAGUCUGGGUUUUCAGUUGCCCAAACCACCAGAGCCACCCUCUGUGGAAGUGGAAUACUACACCAUUGCAGAGUUCCAGUCAUGUAUUUCUGAUGGCAUAAGCUUUCGUGGAGGACAAAAAGCAGAGGUUAUAGAAAAGAAUUCUGGCGGCUGGUGGUACGUGCAGAUUGGAGAGAAGGAGGGAUGGGCUCCAGCAUCUUACAUUGACAAAAGGAAGAAGCCGAAUUUAAACAGAAGAACCAGUACUUUAACCCGGCCUAAAGUUCCUCCCCCAGCACCUCCCAGUAAACCAAAAGACCCUGAAGAAGGAACAGCUCCUGGAACAGUUUCUUCAGGAGAUACCCAGGACUCUCCCCACAAGCUGAAAUAUGAAGAACCUGAGUAUGAUGUGCCUGCCUUUGGCUUUGACUCAGAGUGUGAAGGGAGUGAAAGUCAUCGUGAAGAGGGCACUCUUGAAAAACGACUGUUUCAGCCCCUCAAGCCCUCUCCUAUGUCAUCACUUCAGAAAGCAAAGUUCAAAGUGGAAGAGUCUUCAGAAGAAGUUGCUCACGAAGAAGAGACCAUCUAUGAGAAUGAGGGAUUCAGACGUUAUGUGGAAGAUGCUUCAUCCAAUAAAGAAUCUAGUGGAGACUCCGAUUCUCAGAAAAGCUCUUCUCUCUCCCUGAUCCAAAGGAAUUCUCCAUCUUCCAGCUCUCCUAAGUCAUCACUUAUGAAGCUCAAGAUGGACAAAAACAUUCAGCCUGAUCUUGGAAAAUGCCAUUAUUCCAGGAGUGAGGAAACAAAACCAAGGUCAGCUUCAGAUGUUGGUUUACGUGGUGUGCCACGGACAGGCAUGAAGAAAGAGCCUGGUCAGAGUCCUUCCAUUAGAGCAAAGCCAAUUGUUAGGCCCAAACCCUUCCUGAACAAGGCAGACUCUCAGAGCCAAGAAAAGAUGGAUAUCAGCACUUUAAGGCGACAGCUGAGGCCAACUGGGCAACUCAGAGGUGGACUUAAAGGUUCAAGAAGUGAAGAGUCUGAGAGCCCCCCACAUACAGCUUCUGAGAACCAAGAGGAUCCUGUUAGGAGGAGCUCAGCUGAUAUCAUUACAGCUCCUUCCCGUGGCAUUUUCUGCUCUAGCCAUACAGCCAAAACUGAGCAAGAAAAUGACUCCAGAUGUUUCUAUGUGACCACUGACUCAUACCAAAAGGUACAGGAUUCUGAAAUUUGCUUCCCAGCAGGAGUAGAAGUGGAAGUGCUGGAAAAGCAAGCCAGUGGAUGGUGGUACCUGAAAUACGGAGACAUGGAAGGCUGGGCUCCUUCCCAUUAUUUGGCUCUCCCUGAUAACCAGCGGGAAACUACAUCAGCAGAGACCGAUGCCUCAAUUGCCAGGAACAGGAAAAAUGAAAACAAGUCAAACAGUUUAGAGAAGAUAGAGAAGAGGGUUCAGGCUUUGAACACCAUCAACCAGAGCAAACGUUCAACACCACCCAUCCCAAGCAAACCUCCUGGUGGUUUUUCAAAGCCAUCAGGGCCAGUGAAAAUGAGGAAUGGUGUGAGGCAACUUGCCGUCCGGCCGCAGUCAGUGUUUGUGUCUCCACCACCAAAGGAUAACAACCUGUCAUGCUCCUUGCGCAGAAAUGAAUCUUUAACAACUACGGAUCAUCUUAGGAGUGUCCGUCGGAAUUCCUCCUUUAGCAACGCAUGGUCACAGCCUGGCGAUGCGAAGGGGAAGCAGCCUGAGCGGUCGGGUACAGAGAACUCGGAGAACACCUCCAAUCUCUCUACCCAGAGGAAUGGGAUUCCUGUGUCCACAGUCAGGCCAAAGCCCAUUGAGAAAUCCCAGUUCAUCCACAACAAUCUCAAGGACAUCUAUGUUUCCAUUGCAGACUAUGAAGGGGAUGAGGAGACUGCAGGGUUUCAAGAAGGUGUCUGCAUGGAAGUCCUCGAAAGGAACCCGAAUGGCUGGUGGUAUUGCCAGAUUAUGAACGGUGUGAAGCCAUUCAAAGGCUGGGUGCCCUCAAAUUACUUGGAGAAAAAGAACUAAUAUUGCAAUAUCUUUAACCUCCCUAAUUUAUACUGUUCCUGUUGUGUACAUGUGGAAAAAAAAAACAAACAAUUGCUACGCAAAAAGACGUUUCCCUGUGCUCCAGUUUGUACAAAGGGACAAAGGAGUCUAUGCUGAGGACAAACCUGCUGUUCUGGAGAGGUUUGUGGGGCUAAUAUGUUGUAAACAGCUAUGAGGAAGAUGCAGCAUAGUCAAAUGCCUUUUUGUGAAGUUGUUAAUAAUCUUGUAUGUGUAACAGGGUAUGAUAUCCCAUCUUUCCCAUUAUCGAUAGGAAACCAAAUGUGUGCCUUUUGUGAGAGAGAAAUACACAUGCAUCUACUUGGGGAGUUUUGUGCCAAACUCUGUUUUACAAUCUAGGCUCCCUUUCUCCUCAUUCUUGUCUGUACAUGGAAUAUCCAAGAGUUCUGGAUGCAUUUCCACAACUUACAGUGAGAAGGGAAUGGAAGUUUCUGAAACACAGAGGGACUCUAAUCCUUUGGAGAUGUUCAAUUCUUUUUUUACUAUUCUCAACAGUUGGUUGGUCCAGAGUUGGAGCCUUUUCACCGUGGCGACAUUUGGUCUCUUGACUUCAACUGUGUUUUGUUGUUACUGGUAACUCACCGGAAAAGGCAAUCAGGUGGUGCUGGUUGGGGGCUUUUUGUUUCCUUUUGUUCUGUCUUGUACUUUGAGUUGGGAUUUCAGGUGUUCUAGGGCAGCAAUGCCUACUGGUGCUUGUAAAACAAACCUACAAACCCCAUGCUUAAGCACGUUGAUUACUUUGUAGACUCCAUAUUUAGUUCUGUGCCUGACUCCUGCCAGGUGAUCCUGGUUGAUUCUCUUCUCAGAGUCGGGUUUCUCAAAACUUGACAUAAUAUGAAAAUAUUCGAAAGUCCCUUAAGACACUAAAGACAAAGCUGUCAAACGUGUUACUUCUCGUUUUUGUGAUCUGGUCCAAAUUCAAGUGUGCUGACUGCUGGCAGGGCCCACCAAGGUAUUAGUUAGAAAUAGCCGUGACCUUCUGCAACAUCAGUGUUUACAAUAGGGGGUGGGGGGAUAAAGCCAUCAAACUCAGUCUGCACAUCCUUAAUUUGUGUAUUUUUUGGGAACAGUUUUUUCUGUGUUUUGUUUUUGUCUUUUCUGUACGUUCUUGGUUUACUUUUUUUUUAGUCUUGUUUUACCAAGAGAGACUUAAAACUGAAGGAGGAGCCAAAUAUGUGUUUCUGUUCCCACUUGAAUCCAAAAUGUACAUUUGUACUGGAAAGCGUACCUGGGCUUCUCAGGCUCAGAGGUUUAAUAUCAAAGGAAUUACACCUAAAAUGCAUCUAACCAGGAAGCUGCCUCUUCUAAUUCCAUUUCUAAUUGCCUUUAUUGAUGCAUGCGUUGAAACACGGCACAUGGUAGGGAAAGUGUGGUGGGAAAUGGAAGAGGCAUCCAUUGAAAAAGGCUUUGAACAUCUUUUAUUUAUGAGGUUGCCAAGUCUUUUGCCCACAUCCCUACUGUACUUGUGGAAGACAUGGCUUUUUAGGGGGGGUUAAAUGGCUUUGUUAAUCACUCAAGAUCAGUAUCUAAUUCCUUUAAAUAAUAGGCAGCAUUGCAGAUCUGUUUUUAGGGGGAGGGGCAGACUAUUUCACUACUGGUUUACACAAAAUUAUACAUGCCAUUUUUUCCAACAGAAUUUCAAACUGAUUUGGCUUAGAAGCUAAAGGAUAUGAAGACUUAAAAAUAGCUGGGAUCAAGGGGCUGAGUAAAAUAGCACAAGAAUAUCAUGUGUUUCUCUGCCAAAAAAAUACUACACAAUUUAUACGUUGUUCUUGUCUUUAUUGUUGGGGGUUUUUGUGGUUUGGGUUUUUUAUUAAUUUCCCUGGUAACACUGAGAGAGUUGCCUACAGCUAACCUACACCUAACGUGACUGGUGUCUUUUUGGUAGCUGAAACAACAUCCAGGUGCCACUACUGGCUAUGAACAGUGCUGUGGUUCGAGCAGCUCUUUGCAUCCAAGUGGGGAGGGAGGCUGUUCAGUUGGGGUCCCUUUAUACUGUGGUGGCAGGAGAAGGAGGUGUAUCUGCACAAUAGCUCCUAUCACAGUGUGCAGGGUCCUCUUUGUACCUUAGUAUCUUGCCAUAUAAUAUGUAUGUAUAUAUCCAGUUAGCUACAUCGUACUGGAUGUGUAUCUGAGGCAUUGUGGCCCUGUCUCCCAUACUUCUCCCCAUUUUUAAUUGUACUAAUAUGGUAGCAGCCAUAAAAGACUGCUGGAGCUGUUGUGAGAUUAUAAUAGAAGUAUUAUAUUCUUCUGCUGGACAGUAUUAAAUAGAGCAAUACAUAGAGUUAUCUGCUAGAUUGCAGUACUAAUAGUAGUGACUUAGUGACUCAUAUUAAUGUUGUUGUGAUUUAUUUUAACAAUAAUGAUGAGGAAGUGGUUCAUUAUUUUGGAUUAAUGCACUUUAACAAUAAAAGAAAACAAAACGGAA